AUGCAACUUAGAGGGAUGAAGGAACGAAGCCCCACUAGAGACAGAUUACGGCAAUGGGGAUUACAGGUGGAUGAAGGUUGCCUGUUAUGCACUACACUUCCGGAGUCAAGGGACCACUUCUUUUACGAGUGUCUGUUCACCUGGUCGGUUUGGGAGCCUAUUUCGGAGAGAACUGGGAUACUUCCACAACGAGAAUGGUCCCGAUCGGUGGCUGAGAUGCAGACACUUGGAGAAAACAAAGACUUAAGAAAGCUAAAGCUUCUUGCUUGGCAAUCUGUCAUCUACUGGGUUUGGCAGGAACGGAAUAAGCGUCUUCAUCACAAUCAAUCAAGACCUGCGCAUGUCUUGAUUGCUCUUAUAUGCAGGCAGAUCAAGGAGCGCAUCCUAAGCUUCAGGAUUGACUCUCCAGCAACAUCUUCUCGUCUUCUCCAACGCUGGUUUGAACUUGGAAACUCUCAUCGCAAUUGA